UCAAAAUUCUGCUCCGCCUCGGACUGACUGAGGCCUAGCACAAGUUGCUUCUUAACUCGUACAGCGGAACUGUUACAUCUGAUCGGAGAUGCCGCGGGUAUAUGUCGGAAAGCUUAGCUAUCAUGUUCGCGAGAAGGACAUGCAGAGGUUUUUUAGCGGCUAUGGUAAAUUAUUAGAGAUCGACCUGAAAAAUGGGUACGGCUUUGUGGAGUUUGAGGACAUGCGGGAUGCCGACGAUGCUGUGUAUGAACUGAAUGGGAAGGAGCUGUGCGGUGAACGGGUGGUCAUCGAGCAUGCCCGUGGACCACGGAGGGAUGGACAUGGCGGCAGCCAUGGGGGACGCAGUAGCGGCUACAGCAGCUGGAAUCGCCCUACCAGGGACAAGUAUGGGCCACCUAUGCGCACUGAACACCGCCUCAUUGUGGAGAACUUGUCCAGCAAGUGCAGCUGGCAGGACCUCAAGGAUUUUAUGCGGCAAGCAGGUGAAGUGACCUAUGCCGAUGCCCACAAAGGCCGCGCAAAUGAGGGCGUCAUUGAGUUCCGAUCCCGUUCAGACCUUAAGCGAGCUAUAGAAAAGCUCGAUGGCACUGAUGUCAAUGGGAGGAAGAUUCGCCUGGUGGAAGACAAAUCUCGGCGCAAGCGCUCGUAUUCUGGCAGCAGAUCCAGAUCUCGCAGCAGGCGGCGCUCUCGCAGCCGGAAAAGUAGGAGUUCUCACAGCCGUUCCAGGUCCCGCUCACGAUCUCAAUCUCGCAGCAAGCGCAGGUCUCACUCCAGGUCAGGACGGAAAUCCCACUCGACAUCAAAGAGAAAGGCUAGCCACUCUAAAUCCCCAGAGAAGUCUCGCUCACGCACUCGCAAAUCACACAGUCCCUCUAAGAGCGAAAAGUCACGCUCUCGCUCAGACACUCGCAAGUCACGCUCCAAGAGCAGAUCCAAAGUCAAAGGGGAGCGAGAGUCCCGGAGUCGUUCCAAGGAGAAAUCUUCCAGUAGGAAGUCCCGAAGCCGCUCACGUUCCCAUUCAGGGAGCAGAAACGGAAAACGCAUCUCAAGAUCUCCACUUGGCAGAGAUCGUGAGCUCUCCGUGUCCCCAGGCAAGCGCUCUACAUCCCGCUCAAGGUCUCGCUCUUGAUCCCGGGCCAGCCACCCAAGUCUUGACUACUUCUGUGACAACAAAGUUUAAUGAUAGUACACCUCCCAUGCCUUUGUUUAAUGAGCUUUGAGAUGUUUACAGGUCAUAAAAAUGAUUCGUACCUUUUGGAACAGAUUGGGAGGUCAUUCAAUCUAUAUUUCCUUAAUUCUUUUUUUUUAGUUUGUCGGUGAAAUUUGUUGGAAGUCAUGGGGUGUUUCUCAUGUCUUCGUCAAGUCUAAAUGUACAAUUUUAGUCAAGCAGCGGAUGACGGGGCAGAAGUUGCUUCAUAUUUUGAUAACAUGUACGCCGUGCACCAAGUCCAAAUAGAUAGAUGUAAAAGUGCAAACUAAUAUAAUUCACAAUUUGCAUGUUAUGUGAUUAUAGUUUUUACCUGUUUGCCAUUUAAGAUCCCAGAUAUUCCUUCUGUGGGUGUUGCAUUUGGAUUCAAUCUGUUGCAUUUAGUUCUGCUGACAUAUUGGAAUAAAAUAAUGCAUUUUAAGUAAA